CAGGGCGGAGCGCGGGGGCGCGCCCUCCGGGUGUCCUGCGCCUCCGCGGGCCGCGCCUCGCUGAUCUGUGGGGUUCGCGCUGGCGCAGGGUCGGGAGGCCGACGCCGCUUCGCGAUGAACUCCUUGACGCAGACGGUGCGGGAAGUGCUGAAGGCCAUGGGCAGCGCGCACUGCUUUGACAGAGUGUGUGACAAGGUGACUCUGGUCUCUGCUGCUCCUGGGAAAGUGAUUUGUGAAAUGAAAGUGGAAGAGCAGCAUACCAACAAAUUGGGCACCCUCCACGGCGGCUUGACAGCCACCUUAGUAGAUGUCAUAUCAACAGUGGCACUGAUGUGCACAGAGAGAGGCGCACCCGGCGUCAGUGUUGACUUGAACAUAACGUACAUGGCACCUGCAAAAAUAGGAGAAGAUAUACUGAUUACAGCGCACAUCCUGAAGCAGGGGAGAACACUUGCAUUUGCCUCAGUCGAUCUGACCAGCAAGGCCACAGGAAAAUUAAUAGCACAAGGCAGGCACACAAAGCACCUGGGAAACUGAGAAAACAGCCUGCAGCCUAAAGAAAUAAUGAAUACCAAAUAUAAACUUGACUUGAACAAAUAUAAUGCUGAAAUAAAUCACCACAACCGAAGUAGCUAAGAAACACUUUCUUGGGGGGAUGGGACCUAGGAACCAAGUAGAGUGGGUGGUGGGCUGUCUGUGCUUCAUUGUAAGCAUCUUCUGUUUUUUAAUUAUAUGCAUAAUUGGGUACAAAAUUCAAGGCUCAAAAUGCUAUGAAAACUUGGGUAGGGGCCAGCAUUGUGGUAUACUGGGUUAAGCCACCGACUAUAAUGCUGGCAUCCCCUAUGGGUGCUGGUUCAAGACACAGCUGCUCCAGUUCCAGUCCAGCUCCCUGCUAACACACCAGGGAAAAGCAGCAAACGACCUGCCACUCACAUGGGAGACCUUAAGGAAGUUCAGAGUCCUGACUAAUUUAGGGCUGGCACAGCCCUGGCCUUUGCAGCCAUUUGGGUAGUAAACCAGCAAAUGGAAGAUCUGUCUCUCCCUCUCUCUAACUUUCAAAAAAAAAAAGUUAAAAAAGGAAAAAACGUAUGUAAAGCUAAGCAGCUGGAAGGGCCACUCUAAGAUUACUUUAAAUUGACAAGGGUAGGAUUCAUCCAGCCUGUGGUCCACGAGACCUGCAAGAUCAUUUGGCCUGGCCCUGCCAACUCAACCGCAGCAGGACUGCAAAUUCAAUAAAGCUGCAGCAGGCUAAUUUUUACGCUGUUAAUGUUGUAUGGCCUGUGAGUGAUGUUAUAAAUAUUCAGAUGGCCCCUGGCUGAAAAAGCCCUGCUUCAAAAGCUAACGUCCAAUACUAAGCUAAAGGAGAAAUGUGAUGGUGGUUUCACUCUGUCAGGCUGCUAUUAACAAAAUACCAUAGACUCAGUGGCUUUUAACAAACUUCCAGUUCCGGGCUGGGAAGCCAAAGGUUGAGGCUUCAGCAGUUUCUGUGGUAUUGAAGGCCAUGAUCUGGUUUACCGAUGCCACCUUCUGGCUGCCCCCACAGGGCAGGACAAGGGAGCACUGUGGGGUCUCCUACGAGGGCAUUAAAUCAAAGUACCCCCUCAAAAAACCCACCUCCUAGUACAUAACAUUAGUGGUUAGGGUUUCAACAGAUGAAUUUUAUAAUGCAGAUAUUCGGAUCACAGCAAUGGCCAAUCCUUAAUUUUAGGUCCUCUCAACUGUAAAAUGGGGCACCACAUUUCCAUUUCCUUUCCAACCUCACUUUAAGAUGGCAGGACUCCAAAAUAGAUAAACCAUUGGCCAUAUUAGAAAAUAGAGGGGCCAGUUGUCAUGGCAUAAUGGGUAAAGCCACUGCCUGCACUGUCAGCAUCCCACGUGGGCACAGGUUCAAGUCCCGGCUGUUCCACUUCCAUCCAGCUUUCUGCUAUGGCCUGGGAAAGCAGUAGAAGAUUAUCCAAGUGCUUGGGCCCCUGUACCCGCGUGGGAGACCCAGAAGAGGCUCCUGGCUGCUGGCUCUAGAUUGGCUCAGCUCUGGCCAUUGCGGCCAUUUGGGAAGUGAACCAGUGGAUGGAAGACCACCCCCCGCCCUCCCUGCCUCUCUAUAACUCUGCCUUUCAAAUAAAUCUAAAAAAAAGAAGAAAAAGUAAACAAAGUAGAUUUCACCACACGGCCUGAAGUAACCCUAAAGGAAGUUUUUCAGGUAAAGCACAACAGUGAUAGGAAAUGGUCCCAAUGUUUUUGAUAAUUUACUACAGCACUGGCCAGCAUCUUUUGUAUUAGAGGAAAAUACUAUUAGCCCCUCUUAACACCUAGCAUAAGAUCUUCACUCUUCAUCCACAGUAUUUUUAAUCUUCUCGAAGUUCUGUUGACUGGCACUUUUAAUAUUUGUUUUCUUUAUCAGGAAGUCUUAGUGAACAUUUCACAAUUAAAGACUUGGAAAGAAAGGAGGCAGCUUUAAAUAAAUUUGAAGUGAAGCUAAAAGUUUACCAUGGGGGCCAAGCACAUGUGGCACAGCUGGCAUUCCAUAUCAGAGCACUGCUUCUGAUCCAGCUCCCAGAUAAUGCACCUGCAAAGCCAGUGGAUGAUGGUUCAAGUACAAGGCCCCUGCCAACCAUGUGGGAGACCAGAAUGGAGUUCCUGGCUCCUGCUUUCAGACCUGUUUACAACCAUCUGGGGAGUGAACCAGCAGAUGGAAGCUCUCACUGUCUUCCAAAUAAACCUUAAAAAAACUGAA